CCCAGAACACCACCUCCACCUCCACCUCUCCACAGCUCUCCGGGUAAUAAAUAAUUCCCGUGUGUCGUGGUUCCAACCUGCGUGUGAGUGGAAAACGCACGGGACGAGGCCGGCGCACCGCCGAUACACUUUAAAAGGCAAAUAAAGGAGGAGGAGGUGGAGGAGGAGGAGGAGACCAACCAUAGGUGGCAGAAAGAGAGACAGAGACAGACAGACAGAAAGAGAGAGAGAGAGAGAGAGAGAGAGAGAGAGAGAGAGAGAGAGGCACGACGGGAGGUCGCAGCAGCUGCUGUCAGAUACCGGGCUCCUCGUUGGCAGCGAGUGUUUUUCUCUCCCUCGGGAGGAGUCGACAUGCGGGUAGCGGCGCUGAAGAGGAGGAGAAGGAGGAAGAUGACGGUGUCCCGGUGUCCCGUCCGCUGUUGACUCCCUGUAGCCCUUCGCCCCGCGGACCAUGAAGGACACGGGGGAAUCAAAGGAGCACCAACUGACCGUCGCCCUGAGGAUCCGACCCCUCAGCGACGCCGAGACGGAGGAGGCGGCUGCGGUCGUGGCCCACCGAGUGGACGACCAGAUGGUGGUUCUGAUGGACCCCAUGGAAGACCCAGACGACAUCCUGCGUGCCAACCGCUCCAGGGAGAAAACCUACAUGUUUGAUGUGACGUUCGACUACUCGGCCAAUCAGGAGGAGGUGUACCGAGCCACAACCAAAGGGCUGAUUGAGGGCCUGAUAUCCGGCUACAAUGCCACCGUGUUUGCCUACGGACCCACAGGCUGUGGGAAGACUUACACCAUGUUGGGGACGGACAAGGAGCCGGGCAUCUACGUCCGGACGCUCAACGACCUGUUCCGAGCCAUCGAGGAGACCAGCGGCGACAUGAUGUACAGCGUCUCCAUGUCCUACCUGGAGAUCUACAAUGAGGUGAUCCGCGACCUGCUGAACCCAUCCUCGGGCUUCUUGGACCUGAGGGAAGAUUCUAAAGGCGUGAUUCAGGUGGCUGGAAUCACAGAGGUGUCGACCAUCAAUGCACAAGAGAUCAUGGAGCUGCUGAUGAAGGGCAACAAGCAGCGCACCCAGGAGCCGACAGCCGCCAACCAGACGUCCUCUCGCUCCCACGCUGUCCUGCAGGUAGCCGUGAAGCAGCAGAGCCGGAGUCGAGACCUCCUGCAGGAGGUGCGCUUCGCCCGCCUCUUCAUGAUCGACCUCGCCGGCUCCGAGCGAGCGGCACAGACCCAGAAUAGGGGUCAGCGGCUGAAAGAGGGGGCUCACAUCAACCGCUCUCUGCUGGCUUUGGGCAACUGCAUCAACGCCCUGAGUGACAAAAAUGGAAAGUACGUCAACUACCGAGACAGCAAGUUGACUCGGCUCCUAAAGGACUCGUUGGGCGGGAACAGCCGAACGGUCAUGAUCGCCCAUAUUAGCCCCGCCUCUGUGGGCUUUGAGGAGUCUCGCAACACGCUGGCGUACGCCGACCGUGCCAAAAGCAUACGAACACGGGUAAAGAAGAACCUGAUAAAUGUGUCAUACCACAUUGCUCAGUACACAAACAUCAUCUCAGACCUGCGCAGCGAGAUCCAGCGGCUCAAGACGAAGAUCGCAGAUCAGACGAGCCGCCAGCUUAACGCGGACCGGGCUGACAUCCGCCAUGUCCAGGCGGAGGUCCAGGCCCACUCCAGCCACCAGAGCCGGGCGGAGAUGGACCAGCUGAGGGAGCAGCUCCUCGAUGCCUUCCGCCAACAGAUGGAGAUCAGGAGGAACCUGAUGGAGUUGGAAAACGGCAACAUGGAGGUCCAGAUCGACACAUCUAAACACCUGUUAACCAUUGCAGACUGGGAGCAGGAGCGCAGCAGGCGCAGGAGGAAGUGGCGAGCCGAAAGGAGGAAGGAAAGUGUCAAUAAAGACGAGAGCGAGAAGGACUCCGACUCCCCGGAGUCUCCUCCGGACAGCACGGAGACCCAGCAGGUGGCCAUGGCCCGAGAAAACCUGGUGACACUCAUGGCGGAACAGAAAAAGAUCCACAAACAGAAGGCGUUGCUGGAGCGCAGGUUCCUGGAGCUGCGGGAUCGGGCCCGGCGCCUGGAGGAGCUGCUGCCUCGGCGGGUGAGCUCGGAGGAGCAGCGCGAGGUCCUGUGCCUCCUCUGCAAGGUCCACGAGCUGGAGAUCGAGAACACGGAGAUGCAGUCCAACGCGCUGCUCAAGGACAACGUCAUCCGGCACAAAAACUUUGUGGUGCAGCGCUUCGAGCAGCACAGGCACCUGUGCGACGAGAUCAUACAGCAGCAGAGACAGUUCAUCGUUGACCACAGCCUUCUGGUACCUCCACACCUCCAGGAGCUGUACGAGAUGUACAUGAGGGAACUGGAUGAGAGGAAACUGGACCGAGCUAUGGCCCUGGAUAAGGUGACCACAAGACACACCAUCAAGGAGGGAUCUCUGCCCAAGAUCACCCUGCCCGGUCAGGGUCGUGACAACAUGCAGGACAUGGACUCGGACCAGGAGAGUGUGCGCAACAUGUGCUCUGAUAACCGACGAGGCCAAGCCAAAAUCCGGAGGCACACUUUGCCCCCCAUUCUGCCCGAGCCAGAGCUCGACAAUAACAGAGUUUUCAAGAGCAGCCCUCACGCCAGGCAGAUAAAACACACUGCUGUGGCGCCGCCGCCUCCCAUCCACAUCAACGGCAAGGGUAGCAGAGAGCUCCAGCCGCUGCUCCCUGAGAGCUCUCUGAGCUACAACCAUCUGAGCCACAGCGUCAGCAGCCACCUGGACUCGUCCACGGAGAGCAGCGAGGCCGGGGCGGACAUCCCCCUUUUACAGAGUGAGCGGCAGCAGAUCCUGAAGGGGGUCCAGAGCAUCGUGGUGAAAGCGGCACGUCGGCGCUCCAAGGCGCUGGAGGCCGACGCCCUGCGGUUGCCGCCUCCCCCCUCGCCCCUGGACCCCAAGAAGCAGAAGAGCAGCGCCUCACUGAGCGAAGCCCCCCGGAGAGGCCUGCCGAUCCGGCGCGGCAGGCAGCCCAGCCCCGACCUCAGGCACGCCACCUCGGACGACAACCUGUCCAGCAGCACGGGGGAGGGGCCGGGCCUGAUGGUGACCUGGACGCAGCCGCGCAACCGCCAGCCCGCCGCCAAGAACCAAACGCCGCGCGACGUGGACUUUGAGGCUCGCCGCAAGAAGAGGCGGUCUCGCUCCUUCGAGGUCACCGGUCAAGCGCUGCCUCAGACCAAGACGACCGCAGCUCAGAGGUUGCGUCCUCUGGACAGCACAUCGGACCACCACCUCCACAACAGCGUUCAGCCACAGGCUCCGAUGCUCCGCCCCCAUUACAGAGGGGUCCCUCCUCUCGCCAAAAUCAGGGCGGCCCACAGCAUCCAGCAAACGGGCUCAAACGCAGAGUCCUCCGCAGUGCACACCAACAACCUGAAGCGGGGGUCCCAGCUGCGUCAGCCCCAGCCCCUCCUUCACAUCGGCACUGCAGGCACCGGGGGCCAGCGCGCACGAAGACACUGAGCUCCCACGUGUAAUGGGUUGUGAGGGGUGGGGGGGAAUGCCGGUUGACCUCACAGUGACUGAAGCAGGAUCAUGAGGCAAUACGGCAGAGACGACCCGGACGACCCCGGGCCCCUCCCUAAAAGGGUCCACCCCGUGGUCGGCAGCAGACCCUCUGCAACUGCGGACGCCAAAGAUAGCGAAACGUGUCGUGUCCCGUCGAGUGUUUCCACUCCGGCUUGCUGUCGUGCUGCAUCGUGUGUCAUUGUGUGUCAUCGUGUGUCAUCCUGUCAGUCGGGCUGGUGUCCAGCUCUCUGUGCUACACUGUACUAAUGUUUGUGCGCUUGAGCUUGAGUGUGUACGGUUUGGUAAUGAAGCAUUAAGCUAAUGGGGGACGUCGAAGGGGGCUCAAUGUCACCUUAAUGAUGUGAACGAGGAUGGGAAAAUGACUGGCUUUAACAGACAAAGCAUUAAAAGAAAAAAGGAGACAGGAUAUUCUGCUAAUGGCGAUAUAAAAAUUGUAUAAGGCCUACUGUCAAAUCAUUUUUUCUUUUAGUGAGAUUGUUCCAAUUUAAUGACACACUAAUAUUUGAGUAGAAAAAAAACAACCUCAUACCAUCUUGAUUGUUGUGCACUUGUUGUGUAUCCUCACUCGUCCGCGUCUUUGCCUUUUCUUACCCAAACGCGACUGUUUUAACGUCAUGUCUGUUUGUGUGGAUGUAUAGUACCACAAGUUGCUUUUUCAGAUUAGUUGGCUGUAAUUUUAAUUUAUUGUGUGUUGCCUUUUCUUUUACGAUCAACAUUGUUUUCAUAAUUGCUACUUUCUAUGAUUCAUUUUGUACAUAUUUUUUUCAUUUGUACCAAAAUUAAUUAAAGUGAGAUCACUAAAAAA